GGGGUAGCUGGGCAUCGAGGGCUCUGGAACCGCGAAGGGCGAGCCAUGGCGUUGGGGCUGCAGCGCGUGAGGUCGAGCACCGAGCUGCGGAAGGAGAAGUCGCGGGAUGCGGCCCGCAGCAGGCGCAGCCAGGAGACGGAGGUGCUGUACCAACUGGCGCACACCCUGCCCUUUGCGCGCGGCGUCAGCGCGCACCUGGACAAGGCCUCCAUCAUGCGCCUCACAAUCAGCUACUUGCGCAUGCACCGCCUCUGCGCUGCAGGGGAGUGGAACCAGGUGGGAAAAGAGGGAGAACCACUGGACGCCUGCUACCUGAAGGCCCUGGAGGGUUUCGUCAUGGUGCUCACCGCCGAGGGAGACAUGGCUUACCUGUCGGAAAAUGUCAGCAAGCACCUGGGCCUCAGUCAGCUGGAGCUCAUUGGACACAGUAUCUUUGAUUUUAUCCAUCCCUGCGACCAAGAGGAACUCCAGGAUGCCCUGACCCCCAGGCCAAGCCUGUCAAAGAAGAAGUCGGAAGCAGCAACAGGACGCCACUUUUCCCUGCGAAUGAAGAGCACACUCACCAGCAGGGGGCGCACGCUGAACCUCAAAGCGGCCACCUGGAAGGUGCUGCACUGCUCAGGACAUAUGAGGGCCUACAAGCCCCCUGCACAGACUUCCCCCGCCGGGAGCCCUCGCUCCGAGCCUCCCCUGCAAUGCCUGGUGCUUAUCUGUGAAGCCAUCCCCCACCCAGCCAGUCUGGAGCCCCCACUGGGCCGAGGGGCCUUUCUCAGUCGCCACAGCCUGGACAUGAAGUUCACAUACUGCGACGAGAGGAUUGCAGAAGUCGCUGGCUACAGCCCCGAUGACCUGAUUGGCUGUUCUGCCUAUGAAUACAUCCACGCUUUGGACUCUGAUGCAGUCAGCAGGAGCAUCCACACUUUGCUGAGCAAGGGCCAGGCAGUAACGGGGCAGUAUCGCUUCCUGGCCCGGACUGGAGGCUAUCUGUGGACUCAGACUCAGGCUACAGUGGUGUCAGGGGGGCGGGGCCCCCAGUCGGAAAGUAUCAUCUGCGUCCACUUCCUGAUCAGCCGUGUAGAAGAGAACGGAGUGGUGCUGUCCCUGGAACAAACGGAGCAGCAUACUCGCAGACCCCCUCAGCUGGGUACCUCCUCGAAGAAGGGUAUCCCUGGCAACAGUCUAGACCCUCCCGCUCCACGGAUCCUGGCCUUCCUGCACCCUCCAGCCCUGAGUGAGGCCUCCCUGGCUGCUGACCCUCGCCGUUUCUGUAGCCCAGACCUGCGCCGCCUCAUGGCACCCAUCCUGGAUGGACCUCCCACAGCCGCCACCCCUAGCACCCCACAAGCUGCACGGAGACCCCAAAGUCCUCUUCCGGCUGAUCUCCCAGAUCAGUUGGCUGUGGGCUUGGAGAAUGCACACAGACUCUCCACUGCCCGGAAAAACAAGACCAUGGAGACAGAUCUAGAUAUAGCUCAGGACCCUGACACUCUGGACUUGGAGAUGUUGGCUCCGUACAUCUCCAUGGAUGAUGACUUCCAGCUCAACUCCAGCGAGCAAUUGCCCAAAGUCCACCGCAGACCUCCCAGGACGGCCCGCAGGCCUCGUGCUCGGAGCUUCCAUGGCCUGUCGCCACCCAUCCCUGAGCCCACCCUGCUGCCCCGCUGGGGGAGUGAUCCACGACUGAACUGUUCCAGCUCCUCCAGGGCGGAUCCCCCCACAGCCCCCCUGACGCCUGGAACUCGGAAGAGGGCCUUGGCCCAGAGCUCAGAGGACAAAGGGUUGGAGCUGCUGGAAACGAAGCCCCCCAAGCGGUCCCCAAGACUAGAACCUGGAAGCGUCCUGCUGCCUCCGCUCAGCCUGAGUUUCCUUCUGCAAGGUCGACAACUCCCAGGGAACCAGCCAGAUCCCAGAGCCCCACUCGUGGAUUCUCAUGAGCCCUUGGGCCUAGCUCCCUCGCUGCUCUCUCUCUACCAGCAUGAGGAAACUAUCCAGCCCAGGAACCACUUCCUCCCAGCAGCAGGCUUGGCCCAGACUCACUGAGUCAGCCUUCCUCUCAGCCCUCUUCUUCUACCCCAGAAAGGACUCAGCCGCACUCCACACCAGCAGCCUACACCCAGGAUGGGGCCUCUCUCCUCUGAGUGUGCCCCCCAGCCAGCCACAGUCCUACCUCAGCCCCCUCCAACCUUCUGCCUUCCUGCAGUCAGAGGCUUCUUGGGUAAUCUCAGCUCAGUGACCUCUGGGAAGGGUGUGUAACCCUCCCCCCCUCCUCUCAGGAAUUCCUUUGGGGUUCUCCACAGUUCUCCAUACCUCACUACCCCUUUCUCUGACUACCUUUGCUUUAUUUGGGAGAAUGAGGGGUUGGGAAAAUCAGGGAUCCAUCUCUGCAUCCCAGCCCCAUGGAGCUUAGACAACUGUAAU